GGGCUGGUCGUAGAGGUCCGAUGCGUCACGUUUAUUUGGGCCUUCUGCAUCCCACUGGCAGGGAAGCGCCCGAUUUUUUCCCCUCCCUGCCUUAAAACGUCCUGUAUAUAUUUAUUCCAAGCGUGGAUCUUCGGGAAAACAAGGUACCAAAGGAAAAACGCGACGCAAAGUAUGCAUUUGGAGACUACUCUUUGCCGUUUACUGGAGGAAAUUUCAGACACCUCCCCUUGGGAUUGGUAUUUAAUGUCCCAAAGUGCUGAUCCCUGAAAGCUGAAUUUAUACAUGUACAGUGGAAGAAUGACAGAAGCAUGGCAACAGCAACAUGCAGUGGCCCCUCCUCCUGUUGGGCAUCUCCUUUUACAAGGGGCAGAGAAUGCUUUGGGCAGUGCUGCAUAUGGUAUUGUCCUACAGGCAGACCCUGCUUUACAGCAGCCACAGCUCAGCCAGCAUGCACAGCAGCACCCGUUGCCAGCUCAGCAGCCUCAGCUGCAGGUGGGAGGUGAAGGUGGCCACAAAUGCGGUGCGUGUGGCCAUGAUAUUUCGCACCUGGCCAAUCCACAUGAGCACCAGUGCAUGGUCAAUCAGGACCGUUCCUUCCAGUGCACCCAGUGCAUGAAGAUCUUCAACCAAGCAACGGAUCUUCUAGAGCAUCAGUGUGUCCAGGUUGAGCAGAAGCCAUUUGUGUGUGGUGUGUGCAAAAUGGGAUUCUCCCUUCUUACGUCUUUGGCACAACAUCAUAAUGAGCACACCACUGGAAACAAUCCAAUGAAGUGCUCUAUUUGUGAAAAAACAUACCGCCCAGACUCCUCUUCUAACCCUCAGCAGCCCUCUACUGCUGAGACGUCCAGUGAUGGGGCAGCCAUGGGUUCCUCUUCCUCUACAGCUUUCCAGGACUCUGACCGUCCAUAUAAGUGCUCUGUGUGCAAUAAGGCAUUUCGUCACCUUUCGGAACUCUCACGUCAUGAAAGAGUGCACACGGGCGAGAAACCCUACAAGUGUGACACUUGUGAGAAGAGUUUUAGUCAGGCUUCUCAUCUGGCGCACCACCAGCGCACUCACAGUGCUGAUCGCCCGUAUAAAUGUGCCGUUUGCGAAAAGACCUUCAAGCACAGGCAGCACCUGGUACGGCACAUGUACGCUCACUCUGGUGAGCACCUUUUCAAGUGUAACCUCUGCGAGCUUCAUUUCAAGGAGUCAUCCGAACUGCUGCACCACCAGUGCCAGCCAGCUGGAGAGCGCCCCUUCCGCUGCACAGCAUGCGGGAAAAGCUUCAAGCGGCCCUCAGACCUGAGGCAGCACGAGCGCACCCACUCCGAAGAGCGGCCUUUCCAGUGUGAGGAGUGUCAGAUGAGCUUUAAGCAGCAGUACGCACUUGUUCGCCACCGCCGUACGCACAAAAACCCGGCAGAUCGCCCUUUCAAGUGCAAUCAGUGUGACAAAGGUUUCCUGCAGCCUUCCCACCUACUCUACCACCAGCAUGUCCACGGCAUCGAGAGUCUGUUCAAAUGUGCCGCUUGUCAAAAGGGCUUCAGACAAUCCGGGGAACUUCUCAGACACAAGUGUACAGAAUCGAACUCCGGAUCGAAUGCCGUGGAGAAGCCGUACAAGUGUGACGUGUGUGGGAAGGGCUACAAAAAGUCGUCAACGUUACAGAGGCACCAGAACUCCCAUUGCACCGAAAAGCCGCUGAAGUGCUCGCUCUGCGGCCGCCGCUUCCAGUCCUCGUCUGAUUUUGUGCAGCACCGAUGCGACCCUGCUCGGGAGAAGCCGAUGAAAUGCGCGGACUGCGAGAGGCGCUUUAAAUACUCAUCCGAGUUGCAGAGACAUCGAAGAGUCCAUACAGGAGAGAAACCCUUCAAGUGUCCCACCUGUGACAAGGGAUUCAAACAGCGGGAACACUUGGCUAAACAUGGAAUUGUCCACUCCCGUGAAGCCCAGUUCAAGUGUGUCUGGUGUGGAGAGUGUUUUGGAGAGCUUGGAGCCCUUCAAGAACAUACAGUUCAACACACUGCAGAAGGAGGGGGCUAUCCUGCGUCCUCGUGCAUAGAGUAGUUACAGUCUUACCAAGCGAAAAUAUACUCUGCUUGCUUUAGCAACAUUGCAAUUUACUUGCAUAUAUUAAGUGAAAUUGUGCAUUUUAUACAUCCCACAAGCAUUGCAGUACUUGUUGGACUGGUAAGGAACUACAUAAAGUGUCAGCUUGUAGAAGUCUCAGUGUACCUCUGGGUAGAUAUUGGCAACAUUGGGUUUACUCCACAGACAGAAACUUGCCUCAGUUCUGUACCAGACACACAGACGAACAUAACCACACGUAAAUGGUUGCUACACAAUAAUAAGCUUGUAAAAAGGAACAAUUUUGUUCCAUGUGCAACUCUGUAUGCUUAAGACUGGUGUUUCCAACAAAGGAAAAGCUGAUCAGUUUUUAAAAGAACUAAAUAUUUAGUUUGAAUUCUGCUUUAUAUCUAAAUUCAGUCUAUCUAAAACAAGAAGUAAAUGCAGUAGUACAGCUACCAGUAACAGCUUUUCCAGAAUGACAUAAAUUGGUAUGCAAAAUGUUAACAACCUGGGUCUGCUUUUUGGUCUUCAUACGAUUGACCACAACUAGAUGUUUCAUUGCAUGGAUUUUGUUUAUUAUUAUUAUUAUUAUUAUUUUAUAAUUAUUUGGCCUUGUAACUUUUAAAUUAACUGCCUUCCUGUAUCUCCAUCUCAUGCUUCCAUGUUAGCUAUGGAACUUGAACACUGUAUGGCCAUCUGGACAAUAUACAGUAGUGAUUGUAUGUAUUCGUAAUGUAUAACUCCCAUCACCUAACCCAUACUGUAACAGGGUACAUGUAUGCAUGAAUAGCCUAAAUAAUUUAUUUAGUUGGUUGUAAUCUGUCAUUAGUGCAAACAGCGAUGUUAACUUCUAGGCAAAGGACUACAAGAGAAAAAAAAUUAUAUUAGCCAUUCUUUUUCUCUAGAGCAUUUUGACUGAUCUCUAACAAUGGGGCAAUAGUUUGCAAGCAGUUCCAAGAGUGAAUUUACAGUAGUACAACGAUUUACGGUUCUAUUUUAACUGCCAGGCAACAGAACAACCGUGAAGUAUUUUUGUUUGAAAAUUGCAAAAAGGUGCUGUUGCGUUAGCUAAACAACGCUGUAGAAUUUGUUAGUUAUCUGUACAUGGAUGUUUUGUAUCGCUUCAACAUAAGUACAGUGCUAGGAUUUAAUAUCUGUUUGUGUAUCAUCAUCAUACUGUAGACUGUGCAUGUGAUUGUUUCCUCUUGUGAGGAUAUGUUGGUUUUGUUUUGGUGGAUUAUUAUUUUGCCAUAGACUACUUGUUCAGUUUCUUGGCCACAGAUUCUUUCUUUGCUUUCUGUUUAGAAACAAAAUGCCAUGAAUCAUUUGGUAGUUCAUUUUGUGCUUUCCUAAUUGGAUCCAUUAACAGUAGAACCUUCAUUUUGGGUUGAAAUACUGAACAAGAGGUAGAUGUGCAAAUUGCACAGCUGCUUUUGUAAUUAUAAAAAAAAAAAAACAUUUUAAACAAAUUCAAGAGUACAAUAACGUUAUAUGUUUAAAAGAACAUAAAAACACAGUAUUAAGUAGUAAACCUCUUAAAAUGAAGUGUAUAAAUGUCUAAGCAUAUUAAUUGAAUCCAUAUUAAUUAUACAUUCUAUGUUCCUAACAGCUUGAAUGUAAAUUUGCAAACAUUUCUUUGCCCCUUUCGAUGCAUCUUUAAGCCUUUGUAACAUUAAUGGCUUAUGUGUCAGUAUUGUUUGUUCUGUUACAGAUUUGUGUACUCCUAUUUUCAUGUGCAUUAAAUGCAGGGACUGAAUGGUGUCGUUGCUUGUGAAGCAAUAUUUUUGAUGUCGAGACUAUUAGCGGGUUGAAUAAAAUACGUUUUUUUUUCCCAGCAAAAAUAGAGGUUAUCUCACCAUCUAGCGUUUCCUCCUGUAUGUCACCCAAUCCAUUCCUUUAAAUGUCUUUGUUUCUAGAUAAGGUAGUGAAGAAACUCAAAUUGUAAAUUGCCGUUUGUGUGUUUCUUCCAUUCUCACAAAGGUGUGGCAUGUCAUAACUACAAGGCAUUUUAAAAUUAAAUGUUUGUAAACA